AUGGCACAGUACGCUCUGGAGGCUGGCGUAAGCUGGCUCGCCACCUCCGUUUCAGUCGUAGCUAGCAGUACCUGGCAGUUUGCGAAAUGGUCACAUAGAUAUAUAAUGAAAGAACCAGAAGAAGUGCAAGAUGAACAAGAAGAAUCACAUUUUCAUCAGAUGGUAGACAGAGAAAAAGAAUUUCAUAAUUAUGUACGACAGCAAAUUAUUUGCAUGUGGCUGUUCAUGCUUCUCUAUCUGUUCGCAUUUUGGCUGAUUUCAAGAUUAAAACGGAAAACUGAACGAGAAGCUUUGUAUGCUGGGGAAGAAGACUAUUUUGUGUACAGAGUAUCAGUGUGGAUCAGUAGUACAGCUACAGCUACUUCAAUAGGUUCUCUAACAUUACUUCCAUUCUCAGUAAUUGGGGUCGAGAUGCUCCAGCUGUACGAUGGAAACUAUUAUCUGCAAUGGCUGUCGUAUUCAUUGAUCGGCGCACUUUGGCAUUAUGUCUUCGUACUCUCCAACGUCUCGCUUUUUGUGCUCUUACCAUUCUCAUACUUUUUCAUCGAGUCUCAAGGCUUUUCAACAACAAAUAUUGGGAACUGCACGACCCAACGAGUUUACGAAGCAAUGGCUAUCUCUUUUCUUUUUGCAUUCGUAUUGCUCUGUCUCGCAGAAAUCGUUCUGACUAUCCUCGACUAUCCUGUUUCAUUCCUCUCUAUCACUUCUGUUAAUCUUCCCUUGAUUUACUCUUGUGUCAGUUUCAUUGGAGCUUUACUCCUUCUGAUAUCUACACCUUACGGAUUCGCAAAAAUGUUUUCAUUGGCCAGAGAGUUUCUAGUCACAGAAGAAGUCCUAGAAACCGAGCCAGAGCCAACUGAACCGGUAGAAAACGCUGAUGUGGAUUCUAAUAUGUUAAGUUCCGAAGAAACUUUACAUGAAAAAGAGUUUAUUCGUAGUGAAACUCCACAUCUGGAAGAUGUUGUGACGGACAUUGUUGAAAACGUUGAUGGAGACUCAGAAUACCGCAAAGACAGUGAUAGUGGGAUCGAAUCAGGAUCAAUUGAAGAGAUGCGUCUGCACACUGAUGACGAAGAAGGCAUUUAUGAAGAUAAUGAUACUGCCUUGUCGGCAGCUGGUGACAUGGUAAAUUCAACCCCAACAAGAACUGAUAAACGACGAUGGAAGCAUGAUUAUGCCUCAACAAAACAAAUUAGUAGAAAGUGGGAUGAAGCUCCGAAGAAAUUGCCAAAUCCUGACUUCGAUUAUCGAAAUUUCAACGAUUAUGUGAGAGCAGCUCGUCGACAACGCUCAUCUUUGUCUGAUUCGGACGACUUUUGGGUAGGAUCACCGCCAAAAAAUACGUUCUCAGCAAAUUACUAUUCUACUUCAAGAUUUUACCGUUGGAAACAUGGUUCAGAAAUGUGUCUGAAUCCACUUACUGUGGAUCCAUUUGCUUCUGGAGACUCCCAUGAAGCUACAUCUUCUGGAGCAUCAUCAAACCUCAUUUCACCUGAACGCCGUACAAAAUCAGAAGAAGCUAUCUGGAAGCCAGUAAUUCAUACUGUGAAAUCAUCUAAACUGUACAAAAGAGCUAUAGAAAAACAAGGAAGGCUUCUGAAGCUUUUCAUGCGUCUUCGAUAUCCAGUUGUAAUAACUGUUCUAUUGGCAUUGACAACUUGCUCAUUGGUUAUGGUUGCGAUUAACACAUUGAAACUUCUGUUUGGUUAUCGGAGUCUACCUGUUUAUGCUCAAUACAUCGAAGUCCAUACCCGUCACUCCUUUGGUCUCUUCGGCGCUUGCAUCGAAACUCUCAUAAUUAUCUACGUCAUGAUGACUUCUUUCGUUGGCCUCUACUCUUUACCUGUUCUUAGAUCGCUUCGGCCAGUUCGAAAAGAUACCCCGAUGCCAACAAUAAUUAUCAACUCUUCGAUAGUUCUCGUCGUGGCUUCAGCUCUUCCCGUUGCUGUUAACACGGUUGGGAUGACUACCUUCGACCUUCUCGGCUCCCAUUCAUCGCUUCAAUGGUUGGGAUCUUUCAGAGUUGUUGUCGCAUACAACACAAUGUUUGUCGUCUUAUCAGUUGCUUUUCUGUUCAAUCAGCUGACCGCUUCAAUGAGAAGACAGAUUUGGAAAUGGAUCUGUCAACUCAGGUGUUCUUGCGGACGAAGGCGCCCUGAUGAUGCUGAUGACACGAUUGUCAUUCUUGGUGGCAAUAAGAAAAACGACUGA